CAGUUGGUCUCCUCCCUCUCUUCCUCCUCUACCUUCCAUGUCGUCUCCACCAAGUCUCCGCCUUCAACGAACUGCUACAAAACCUGCCAAACCAACACGUAAUACGGUGAGGGCCCAAAGAGACGCGGCAAUGGCGCUCCAGGUCCACGGCCACGAGAGGACGAGGCUCGCCGCCGCGGCGUGGGCAUGGCUGGCAGUGUCCAUGGCGAGCCUGGCGUCGGCGCGGUUCAUCGUCGAGAAGAACAGCGUCACGGUGCUGUCCCCUCGCUCGCUGCGCGGGCACCACGAGGCCGCGAUCGCCAACUACGGCGUCCCGGAGUACGGCGGCACGCUGACCGGCGUGGUGAUGUACCCGGAGGACCCGAAGCUCGCCACGGGCUGCGGCCCGUUCGGCGACAAGAAGUUCCGGUCCCCGUCGGGCCGCCCCGUGGUCCUCCUCGUGGACCGCGGCGGCUGCUACUUCGCGCUCAAGACGUGGAACGCGCAGCUGGCCGGCGCGGCGGCGGUCCUGGUGGCGGACGCCGCCGAUGAGCCGCUGCUGACCAUGGACUCCCCCGAGGACGAGACCCCCGACAUGGCGUUCCUCGCCAACAUCACCGUGCCCUCCGCGCUCGUCACCAAGCGCUUUGGCGUCGCCCUCCGCCGCGCCGCCGCCGCCGCCAAGUCCGAGGAGGUGGUGGUGCGGCUGGACUGGCGCGAGUCGAUGCCGCACCCCGACGAGCGCGUGGAGUACGAGUUCUGGACCAACAGCAACGACGAGUGCGGGCCCCGGUGCGACGAGCAGGCGGCGUUCGUGCGCGCGUUCCGGGGCCACGCGCAGCUGCUGGAGAAGGGCGGCUACGCGGCCUUCACCCCGCACUACAUCACCUGGUUCUGCCCGGAGGCUUUCUUGGACACGCCGCAAUGCAAGGCGCAGUGCGUGAACCGGGGCCGGUACUGCGCGCCGGACCCGGAGGGGGACCUCGGCGCCGGCUACGACGGGAAGGACGUGGUGGUGGAGAACCUGAGGCAGCUCUGCGUGCACCGCGCCGCCAACGCCACCGGCCGGCCGUGGGUGUGGUGGGACUACGUCGCCGACUACCACCUCCGGUGCUCCAUGAAGGAGAACAAGUACUCCAAGACCUGCGCCGAGGGCGUCGUCCGGUCGCUCGGGUUGCCGGUGGACAUGAUCGACAAGUGCAUGGGGGAUCCUGAGGCCGACGCCGAGAACGAAGUGCUCAAGACGGAGCAGAUUGUUCAGGUCGGGCAUGGAACUCGAGGGGACGUGACCAUCUUGCCGACGCUGGUGAUCAACAAUGUGCAGUAUCGAGGCAAAUUGGAGAGCACUGCGGUUCUCAAAGCGAUCUGUGCUGGGUUCAAGGAGUCCACCGAGCCUCACGUCUGCCUGACACCAGACAUGGAGACCGACGAGUGCCUCGACAACAAUGGCGGCUGCUGGCGCGACGAGAAGACCAACAUCACGGCCUGCAAGGACACCUACAGAGGGAGGAUUUGCGAGUGCCCUGUAGUGGAUGGAAUUCAGUACCAAGGAGACGGGUACACCGACUGCAAAGCCGUCGGGCCGGCCCGGUGCGCCAUGGACAACGGCGGGUGCUGGACGGAGACGAGAGAUGGCAAGACCUUCUCUGCUUGCUCGGGUUCAGAUUUGAGCGGAUGCAGGUGCCCGCCAGGGUUCAAGGGCGACGGCUUCCAUUGCCAAGACGUCGACGAGUGCAGCGAGAAGCUGGCGUGCUCCUGCCCGCACUGCUCGUGCAAGAACAACUGGGGAGGAUUCGACUGCAAGUGCAACGGCGGCCAGAUGUACAUCAAGAGUGAAGACACCUGCAUUGCCAAGAACAUGUCUUCGUUCGGGUGGCUCGUCACCGCCCUGGUCGUGUCGUGCCUCGCCGGCGCCGGCGUCGCCGGAUACGUGUUCUACAAGUACAGGCUCAGGCGGUACAUGGACUCGGAGAUCAUGGCGAUCAUGGCGCAGUACAUGCCCCUGGACAGCCAGCACAACGAGAACCAGCCGCUGAGGACGCAGGAGACCCAGCAAGCGUAGCCAGUUGCACAAGCCGGAUCUCAGAAAUGCCCCAAAAAGCAAAGGUUUUGAGAUUUGAAGAUGUUACCAGACGAGGAGAUAAAGAUGCUACUAUGUACAUGACAGCGGUUUACACAGAUAUUGGACAUUCUGCUAUGGUUUCAGAGAGUGAUACACGUGUACUGAUAGAAACCUAGACGAGAUACCAUGUGCUGGAUCUGUUCAGUGAUGUCUAAGAUUUGAGAUUGUACCUGCCAGCAAAAUUUACUGGAGACCGACAGGCUGUACAAAUGUGCUGGUGAUCCAUAUGAUAAGCUAGCAUAUCUAUAUCAGGUAGUUUCAAAAUUGAUUUUGACUUCCCUUGUA